GUUAGGAUGCGCACCUUGCCUAGUUACCUGCCUACGUAGGUAUUAAUCAACUUACCGACACUUAUUACUUAAUUAUUCAGCUUUGCAGCUUGCCCGAUCCGCAACCUCAUUCACUUCUCCCAUCUCACCCUAGCCUAUACAUAAAAGAUUGCCCCUGUCACUGACGGCCCCCAAGUACGUGGCGUUGCGUUGCGUUGCUUCGGGUCCAAGCAGUUUCUCUAUUCCCCGACUUGAAGGAUAAGGUUGGCUUCCAUGUCCGACGUCAAGAUCAUUGCGGUGACGGGCGCCACCGGCGCCCAGGGCGGCGGGGUCGUCAACAUGUUGAAGAAGACGGCCGGCUGGCGGGUCCGGGCCAUCACGCGCAAGCCGGAGAGCGAGGCGGCCAAGAAGCUGGCGGCCGACGGGCUCGUCGAGGUGGUCCGCGCCGACUUCGACGACGAGGAGUCGCUGGUCCGGGCCUUCGAGGGCGCCGCCGCCGUCUUCGCCGUCACCAACUGGUGGGAGGCCCUCUUCUCGGGCAAGUCGCAGUGGGAGGCCGGCGAGAUCGAGGAGCGCCACGGCAUGAACCUCGCCCGCGCCGCCGCCCGCACGCCCACCCUCGAGCACUACCUCUGGUCCACCCAGCCGAGCGCGAAGCGCCGCCUCCCGGGCCGGCUCGAGACCCCGCACAUGGACUACAAGGCCAACGUCGACGACCGCAUCAAGGCCGAGCUGCCCGACCUGGCACGCAAGACCACCUACCUCUACUUUGGUUACUAUCCCCAGAACAUGGCUUACUUUCCCCUGCUCAAGCCCUUUCAAUUGCCCGGAAACGGCCAGUACGUCCAGCUCUUGGCCACCGAUCCGGAGGCCAAGAUCCUCCUGGCCGGCGACAUGUCGAUCAACCCGGGCAUCUGGGUGCGGCAGGCGCUCGCGACCGGCGCGCCCGCGUUCGGCCGGUACGCCAACGUGGCGCUCGAGCGCUGGUCGUUCCGGCAGAUGAUGGACAAGUGGUCCGAGAUCACGGGCAAGCGGGGCGUCGUCGUCCAGGUCACCGAGGAGGCCUGGACCCGGCUCUGGGGCCCCGCCGGCACCGAGCUGGCGUGGCAGUUCAAGUUCGGCGAGCUCUGCGACCCCUGGGCCGUCCGCGACGACUUCAUCUCCCCCGAGGAGCUCGGAAUCGGCCCGGACGAGGUCGUCGGUUUCGAGGGUACCAUCAAGGGGUUGGCCAGCCUCGGCUUGUUUGACUAAUUAGAGAUGUGAUGUAUUGAAUUAAUUGUUAGGUAAUCUUACCAUAUCUCAGGUAUAUCUACUUAGAUAAUAUCGAGAUUUGAGGGAGAUGCCCGAUUACAGCAAGGUUUUUUUCGUUGAUGAUUG